AUGCGGCGCCGCGCCGCCCGGGGACCCGGCCCUCCGUUUCCCCGGGCCGGGGUCCCGCCGCUGCCGCUGCUGCUGCUUGCGCUGGCCGCCCGUGGGGGCUGCGCAGCGCCCGCGCCCCGCGCGGAGGACCUCAGCCUGGGAGUGGAAUGGCUGAGCAGGUUCGGCUACCUGCCCCCAGCGGACCCCGAAACGGGACAGCUGCAGACACCAGAGGAGCUGUCCAAGGCCAUCGUGGCCAUGCAGCGGUUCGGAGGCCUGGAGGCCACCGGCGUCCUAGAUGAGGCCACCCUGGCGCUGAUGAAAACCCCUCGAUGUUCCCUCCCUGACCUCCCGGCUGCAGCCCCAGCUCGAAGGAGGCGCCAGGCUCCAGCCCUGACCAAGUGGAACAAGAGGAACCUGUCGUGGAGGGUCCGCACGUUCCCACGGGACUCGCCCCUGGGCCGCGACACAGUGCGGGCGCUCAUGCACUACGCGCUCAAAGUCUGGAGCGACAUCACGCCCCUGAACUUCCACGAGGUGGCCGGCAGCGCCGCCGACAUCCAGAUCGACUUCUCCACGGCCGACCACAAUGACCGCUACCCCUUCGACGGCCCGGGCGGCACAGUGGCCCACGCCUUCUUCCCGGGCGACCACCACACCGCAGGGGACACACACUUCGACGACGACGAGGCUUGGACGUUCCGCUCCUCAGAUGCCCACGGCAUGGACCUGUUCGCGGUGGCUGUCCACGAGUUUGGCCACGCCAUCGGGCUGAGCCACGUGGCAGCCACACGCUCCAUCAUGCAACCGUACUACCAGGGCCCGGUGGGUGACCCGCUGCGCUAUGGGCUCCCCUACGAGGACAGGGUGCGCGCUUGGCAGCUGUACGGUGUGCGGGAGUCGGUGUCCCCCACGGCCCAGCCAGACACCCCAGAACCUGAGGAUCCACCCCUCCUGCCGGAGCCCCCUGACAAUCGGUCCAGCACCCCGCCCAGGAAGGACGUGCCCCACAGAUGCAGCGCCCACUUCGACGCGGUGGCCCAGAUCCGCGGCGAGGCCUUCUUCUUCAAAGGCAAGUACUUCUGGCGGCUGACCCGGGACCGCCACCUGGUAUCGCUGCAGCCGGCACAGGUGCACCGUUUCUGGCGGGGCCUGCCGCUGCACCUGGACAGCGUGGACGCCGUGUACGAGCGCACCAGUGACCACAAGAUCGUCUUCUUCAAAGGAGACAGAUACUGGGUGUUUAAGGACAAUAACGUAGAGGAAGGAUACCCGCGGCCUGUCUCGGACUUCGGCCUCCCGUCGGGCGGCGUCGAUGCCGCCUUCUCCUGGGCCCACAAUGACAAGACUUAUUUCUUUAAGGACCAGCUGUACUGGCGCUACGAUGAGCACACUCGGCGCAUGGACCCCGGCCACCCCGCCCAGAGUCCCCCGUGGAGGGGUGUCCCCAGCACGCUCGAUGACGCCAUGCGCUGGUCCGACGGUGCCGCCUACUUCUUCCGCGGCAAGGAGUACUGGAAGGUGCUGGACGGCGAGCUGGAGGUGGCACCCGGGUACCCGCAGUCCACCGCCCGGGACUGGCUGGUCUGCAGAGACCUACCCGCCGACCCCGAGAGCACGGAUGGAGAGGCCGGGGCCCACGCGCGGCCGGGACAGCGCGACCAUAGCCGCUCGGAGGACGCCUACGAGGUCUGCUCCUGCACCUCCCUCGCCGCCCCUGCCCCGCGGGCCGCGGGCCCACUGCUGGCCGCGCUGCUGAGCUUCCUGUGGACAGCGGCCCAGGCCCUGACGCUGUGA